ACUGUUGCCUCACUAUGAACUACUCAUCAAAUUACUCACGCUUGCUUUCUUACACAAAGCAAUUAACUUCUAAGGUAAACAAAGGCCUUCAUAAUGAAGCUCUGUCUCUCUUUUAUCACAUGCAAACUUCACUUGCUCUCACUCUCGACGCGCAUGUCUUCCCUCUCGUUCUCAAGUCUUGCUCUGCUAACCGCCGCCCUGAACUGGGAACUUCUGUGCAUGCCCAGCUUGUCAAAAUGGGGUUCCUAUCAAACCCAUUUGUUGCCAGUGCUCUCGUCGACAUGCAUGGGAAAUGCGUGUCGGUUUAUUGUGCACGUAAACUGUUUGAUGAAAUUCCUCAGAGAAAUGUUGUAGUUUGGAAUGCUAUGAUUUCUCUUUAUACACAUUCUAAUCGUGUUCAUGAUGCUUUGGAUAUGUUCAAUUUGAUGGAUUGCGAGCCUAAUGUGUCUACUUUUAAUGCGUUGUUAUCGGGUUUGUCGGGUGUGGAAGACGGGUCGAUAAAGGCUAUUGCUUUUUACUGGAAAAUGAGGGAGUUAGGUUUGGAGCCUAAUUUUAUUACACUUCUUGCUUUGUUACCUGCUUGUGUAGGUGUUGCAAAUUUGAAUUUGAUUAAAGAAAUUCAUGGGUAUUCGAUAAGGAACGACACUGAUCCGCAUAAUCCCCAGCUGAGAAGUGGCCUUGUAGAGGCUUAUGGGAGAUGUGGGUGUCUUACUAACGCAAGCAAUGUGUUUCGUGGGAUGAAAGAAAAAGAUGUAGUUGCGUGGAGUAGUUUGAUAUCAGCUUAUGCACUUCAUGGUGAAGCAAGAAACGCGCUCGAAACAUUUCGCCAGAUGGAAAUGGCGAAAAUACUGCCCGACGACAUUACUUUUCUAGCAGUUUUGAAGGCUUGUAGUCAUGCAGGAUUAGCCGAUGAGGCAUUGAAUUACUUCACCAAAAUGCGAGAAGGUUACGGUCUGGAAGCGAGCAGUGAUCAUUAUUCUUGUUUAGUAGAUGUUUUGAGUAGAGCAGGGAGGCUGUAUGAAGCAUAUAAGGUCAUACAAGAAAUGCCGGUGAAGGCGACUGCGAAAGCUUGGGGAGCAAUUCUUGGCGCUUGCAGAACUUAUGGAGAAGUGGAGUUAGCUGAGAUUGCAGGACGAGCUUUGUUUGAGAUAGAACCGCAUAAUCCUGCUAACUAUGUUUUGUUGGCUAGAAUUUAUGCUAGUAUGGGGAGAUAUGAGGAAGCUGAGAGAACCAGAAGAGAAAUGAAAGAGAUGGGAGUGAAGGUGGCUCCUGGUUCUAGUUGGGUGGUAUAAGGACCGAGAGAGGGAGGGUCUAAAUUAUAGUUGUAGAACCACUUGAAUGAAAAGAAGAUUGGAUUUAUUUGAUUUACAAUUAUUAAUUUUUAAUUUAUCAGAUGAAAUUUAAUUCAAUUAA